AUGGGGAGCUGCGCGCGGCUGCUGCUGCUCUGGGGCUGCUCCGCGGUGGCCGCAGGACUGAGUGGAGUAGCUGGAGUGAGUUCCCGCUGUGAAAAAGCCUGCAACCCUCGGAUGGGAAAUUUGGCUUUAGGGAGAAAACUCUGGGCAGACACCACCUGCGGUCAGAACGCCACUGAGCUGUACUGCUCCUACAGUGAGAACGCUGAUCUGACUUGUCGGCAGCCCAAAUGUGACAAAUGCAAUGCCGCCCAGCCUCACGUGGCUCACCUGCCAGCUGCCAUGGCAGACUCAUCCUUCAGGUUCCCUCGCACGUGGUGGCAGUCCGCUGAGGAUGUGCACAGAGAAAAAAUCCAGUUAGACCUGGAAGCCGAAUUCUACUUCACUCAUCUCAUUAUGGUGUUCAAGUCCCCCAGGCCAGCAGCCAUGGUGCUGGACCGCUCCCAGGACUUUGGGAAGACGUGGAAGCCUUACAAGUACUUUGCAACGAACUGCUCGGCUACAUUUGGCUUGGAAGAUGAUGUUGUCAAGAAGGGAGCGAUUUGCACUUCGAGAUACUCCAAUCCCUUUCCGUGCACUGGAGGAGAGGUUAUUUUCAGAGCUUUGUCACCACCAUAUGAUGCAGAGAACCCUUAUAGUGCCAAAGUGCAGGAGCAAUUGAAGAUCACCAACCUCCGUGUGCAGUUGCUAAAACGACAGUCUUGCCCCUGUCAGAGAAAUGACCUGACCACAAAGCCUCAACAUUUUACACAUUAUGCAAUCUAUGAUUUCAUUGUCAAGGGCAGCUGCUUCUGUAACGGCCAUGCGGAUCAAUGCGUUCCUGUUGAUGGCUUCAGACCUGUCAAAGCCCCAGGAGCAUUCCAUGUGGUCCAUGGGAAGUGUAUGUGUAAGCACAACACAGCAGGCACCCACUGCCAACACUGUGCACCAUUAUACAAUGACCGCCCCUGGGAGGCAGCUGAUGGCAAAACAGGAUCUCCUAAAGAGUGCAGAACCUGCAAGUGCAAUGGGCAUGCUGAUGCCUGUCACUUUGACAUUAAGGUGUGGGAGGCAUCAGGUAAUCGUAGUGGGGGUGUCUGCAAUGACUGUCAGCACAACACAGAAGGUCAGCAUUGCCAGCGAUGUAAGCCAGGCUUCUACCGGGACCUCCGGAGACCUUUUUCUGCUCCAGAUGCUUGCAAAAAGUGUUCCUGUCAUCCAGUGGGAUCAGCUGUCCUUCCUUUCAGCUCAGUGACCUUCUGUGACCCCAGCAAUGGUGACUGCCCUUGCAAGCCUGGGGUGGCAGGGCCACAUUGUGACAGGUGUAUGGUGGGGUACUGGGGCUUCGGAGACUAUGGCUGCAGGCCCUGUGACUGCGCAGGGAGCUGUGACCCACUCACAGGCGAUUGCAUCAGCAGCAGCACAGACAUGGACUGGUAUCAUGAAAUUCCUGACCUCCAUUCCAUGAACAAUAAAAGUGAACCAGCCUGGGAGUGGGAGGGUGAGCAAGGAUUUUCUGCACUUCGACACUCAGGUAAAUGUGAAUGUAAAGAACAGGUGUUAGGAAACCCCAAGGCAUUCUGUGGAAUGAAAUAUUCAUAUGUGCUAAAAAUAAAGAUUUUAUCAGCUCAUGACAAAGGAUCUCAUGCUGAGGUCAAUGUGAAGAUUAAAAAAGUCUUAAAAUCUACCAAAUUGAAAAUUUUACGAGGAAAACGAACAUUAUAUCCAGAAUCGUGGACUAACAGAGGCUGCACUUGUCCAAUCCUCAAUCCUGGUUUGGAGUACCUUGUGGCAGGACAUGAAGAUGUAAGAACAGGCAAAUUAGUCGUGAAUAUGAAAAGUUUUGUCCAGCACUGGAAGCCAUCCCUUGGAAGAAAAGUGAUGGAUAUUUUAAAAAGAGAGUGCAAGUAG